AUUAGUUUUUGCUGGUUUUAAGGUAGUUAGAGGUGAAGUGAGGUUCGAAUCAAAAUCUGUUCCGUCACAUGUGCUAGUCAAUUCUGAUGAUUUAAACGAGUUGAAAUUAUUUGGGGAGAGUUUAGGUCUUAAAGAUGAAGAUCUCACAAAUUUUAUUAAAGAACAACAAGCUUUACGGACAGAUGAGAGACAAGCACAGAGAGAGUUAGAUAAGAUAAAGAUAAAUUCUCAGACUGAGGUUGAAAAAGAGAGACUAAGUUUUGAGUUAGAGAGAGAGAAAAUGAAAAAUGACAUUGAGAAAAUGAAACUAGAACAAAAGCCUAUUUUCUCAGACGAGUCAAAGUUUACAGUUGGUCAUGUUUUGCCCAAAACCCCCAAACUCCCUUUCUUUGAUGAUUCUCAUGAUGAGAUGGAUAGUUUUCUCCUUAGGUUUGAACGAUAUGCUGAGGCUCAGCACUGGGAUCAUUCAAACUGGGCUAUAAAUCUUAGUGCAUUAUUAAAGGGGAAGGCUUUAGAGGUGUAUGCGUUAAUGCCAAAAACUCAUGCCCUUGAUUACAAUACUCUUAAGACAGCUUUAUUGAAACGGUUUGAAUUGACCGAUGAUGGUUUUAAAAAGAAGUUUAGAUCAUGUAGGCCAGAUCAGUGUGAAACCUUUUCUCAAUUUGCUGUCCGAUUGAGUAGUUUCUUUGAAAGGUGGGUUGAAAUGGCAAAGGCACCCAAAACAUAUCAAGGUUUGUAUGAUCGUAUGUUGCGAGAUCAAUUUCUGCAUGUAUGUAGUCAAGAUUUAAGAUUGUUUUUAAAGGAAAGAAUACCCGACAGUCUAAUGAAUAUGGCAAACUUAGCUGACCAGUACAAAGAUGCCCGCGACUUAAGUGCGCUACAAGCUGUAGGUAAGGGUAAAAUUUCUUUGUCAAAAAAGGUCGAUCAGGUAAAGAAAGUAGAUGCUGGUGAGAACAAGAGUUCGUCUUUUGAUAAGAAAAGAUUCAUACCUAAGUCAGAACGUAAGUGUUUUAAAUGUCACAAAGUUGGACAUAUUGCAUCAGAGUGUAGGUCCAAAACAACGUUAAACAAUGUGUCACAUGCUGUACAGGAUGUUGUAUCUUCUGAGCAAAAGGUAUGUUUUGUUAGCACAAUGCCUUCAGACUCUGUUGUAGAAUCCACUGCAUCUUCCUUUCCAACAACUACGUCAUUUUCGUCUUGCCAAAGUAACUUAGCUUCUAGUAUGCCGAUAUCUGCAGGUUAUGUUAACAAUGUACCAGUGACAGUCUUGAGAGAUACUGGCUGCAGUGGUAUUGUAAUAAGGAGGAGCAAAAUACAAGAUGAAGACCUAGUACAAGGUAAGAAACAGACUUGUGUUCUAGCAGAUGGCUCCAAAAUAACUGUUCCGAUCGCAGAGGUUUCCAUUAACACUCCCUUCCUGAAAGGACAAUAUGAGGUAUGGUGCAUGGAGAAUCCUGUAUACGAUCUGAUAGUUGGUAAUGUCCCAGAUGCCAAGCCAGCGACUCAACCAGAUCCAGAUUGGCAGGUAAAUGCUGUUGAGACCCGGCAACACAAACGUAACAAGAGCAAACCAUACGCUCAGCUUAAAGUACCAGCCAUCAUAUCUAAGGAUCUUGAUCCAUUGAAAAUUAGAAAUGCACAAGAGCAGGAUGUUUCUCUGAAAAAGGUACCUGAAUAUGUUGAGAACCACGUGACUCAAAUGAAGAAAAAUGGUAAGGUGAGUCGGUUUAAGAAAAAUGAACUUAUGUUUAGACAAUACACUAUUCGUACUGGAGGACAAGACAAGGUGUAUACUCAGUUGGUUGUUCCUGCAAAGUUUCGGGACCAGGUAAUGAAACUAGCGCAUGACUCUUUGUUAGCAGGUCACUUGGGGACACAGCGGACCUUAGCAAGAGUUACCUCAGAAUUCUUCUGGCCAGGGAUGCAUAGUGAGGUGCGGCGUUAUUGCCAGUCGUGUGACAUAUGUCAACGCACAGUUCACAAAGGUAAGGUACAGAAAGUGCCAUUGGAGCGAAUGCCACUCAUAGAUGAGCCCUUCCAAAGAGUUGCCGUUGAUCUUGUUGGACCACUUUACCCAACCACGGACAAAGGUAACCGUUAUAUUUUGACUCUGGUGGAUUAUGCUACUCGCUAUCCAGAAGCUAUUGCUUUGCCUAACAUCGAGACAGAGAGAGUUGCAGAGGCCCUGAUGGAGAUGUUCUCGAGAAUCGGUGUGCCCCGUGAGAUGUUGACAAAUAUGGGAAGCCAAUUUACUUCUUCUCUAAUGUCAGAGGUGAGUCGACUUAUUUCUCUUCGACUAUGGACCUCGACACCAUAUCAUCCGAGCUGUAAUGGGUUGGUAGAACGUUUCAACGGAACUCUGAAACAAAUGUUGAAGCGACUUUGUUCUGAAAAACCUAAAUAUUGGGACAAGUACCUGAGUGCAGUUCUGUUCGCCUAUAGAGAAGUUCCACAGGAGAGUCUUGGAUUUUCUCCGUUCGAGCUUGUAUAUGGCCGAUCAGUUCGUGGACCAAUUUCGAUCUUGAAAGAGUUAUGGACCAAGGAUAUUGCAGAUCCCAAUGUGAAGACUACUUAUCAAUAUGUCCUGGAUCUCAAAGACAGACUUCAGUCUAUGGCAGAUUUAGCCAAGGAAAGUUAAGAAAAGUCAUCUACCAGGUAUAAGAAACACUAUGACAAGAAAACAAGGCAUAGAAGUCUAAAGGUAGGAGAGAGAGCAUUAGUUUUAUUGCCAACUGAUAACAAUAAGUUAUUGCUUCAGUGGAAAGGACCUUUUGUGGUAACUAAAAGGGUAAACAGAGUAGAUUACCAGUUGGAUGUUCAAGGUAAGACCAAAACGUUCCACAUGAAUCUAUUAAAGAGGUAUGUUGAGAGACCUACUACAGACAAGGUUUCAAUGACAUGUGAUGCAGGUGUACUUGGUUUGGUUAACGCAUCGGUGGUUGAUUGUGUAGAUGAUGAAAACCAAGAAGGCCAGCUAGACGAGUAUCCUCAAUCAAAGGUUAGUGGAAGUAAUGUAAACAUAAACCCUUCAUUAUCAACAGAGAACAGGGAUAAGUUGUUGAAAUUGUUGGGUCAGUACAAUGAUGUUUUCCAAGACAAGCAAGGUCUUACAAAUGUCCUUGAACACGACAUAAGGAUGGUAAGUUCAAAACCCAUUCAUGUAAAAAGUCGUCAGAUACCAUAUACUAUGGAGGAGAUAGUCAACAAGGAGGUAAGGGACAUGUUGAGUAUGAAUAUUAUUGAACCCUCCGAAUCUCCAUAUUGUUCACCAAUCGUAAUAGUGCCAAAGAAAGAUGGAACAAAUAGGUUUUGCAUAGAUUUUCGUCUGUUGAACAAUCAAACCAUAUUUGAUUCUGAACCAAUGCCUGACACUGACGAAAUGUUUUCCAAACUUGCAGGUCAUAAAUUCUUUUCAAAGAUUGAUCUCUCAAAAGGUUAUUGGCAGGUGAAACUAACAGAUGAAUCAAAACCAAAAACAGCUUUCAAAACGGGGAAAGGUUUGUUUCAGUUUAGGGUAAUGCCCUUCGGGUUGGUAACGGCUCCCGCCACUUUCUCAAGGUUGAUGCGCAAGGUCUUGCAUGGUAUGGAGAAUGAAGACAAUUUUAUAGACGAUAUUUUGGUCUACACAAGGUCAUUAGAGCAUCAUUUUGUUGUUUUGAAUGAGCUUUUUCAGCGAUUACGCCAGGCAGGUUUGACAGCCAAGCCUAGUAAAUGUUCAUUGGCUUACUCAAACAUAGACUGUCUUGGAUUUAUGGUCGGUAACGAGCAGUUGAAACCAGACUUAGACAAGGUUGAUGCAAUACGUAAUACACCUGUCCCGCUUACAAAAAAGCAAUUAAGGUCAUUUCUUGGACUAAUCGGUUUUUACCGUAAAUUUGUACCAAACUUUGCUCAGAUUGCGUCACCUCUCACUGAUUUGAUUAGAAAAGGUUCUCCUACUAAGCUUCUUUGGGAAGAGUCUCAUGAUUUAGCGUUUCAGACGUUGAAGAGUUCACUAACAAAGUGACCUAUUCUAAAACUUCCCAACAUCAAUGAUACAUUCAUAUUACAGACAGAUGCUUCAGAUAGAGGUCUGGGAGCAGUCCUCUUACAAUGGGAACUAGAUCAAAAACUACUAAUUACAUAUGCUAGUAGGAAGCUAAAAGAGAGUGAGUGCAAGUAUGCUACAGUUGAGAAAGAGUGCCUAGCAAUAGUGUGGGGUAUUCAAAAAUUCCAAAACUAUCUGUAUGGGCAAGAGUUCGUGUUAGAAACGGACCACAGUCCCCUUGUUUAUCUGAACAAGUCUAAGGUAACGAACCCAAGACUCAUGAGGUGGGCACUUAGCCUAAAACCUUACAGAUUCAGAAUUCAGGCCAUUAAGGGCAAAGACAAUGUUGGUGCUGACUACUUAAGUCGUUUGUAAAUACAGUGUAUGUUGUUUUCAAUCAAUAGUGUUUUAUCAAUCCAGUGUUCUUUUCGUGCAUUUUAAUGUGUAUUUAAAGUACUACGUACUUCUCCGAAAAGGGAGGUAACUGUCACAUUAAAAUCCCCAUAAUAUUAUUUUGUUACAGUAUUUUAAUAUUAUGUAAAUAUCCCGUGUGGAACCCCUUCGUUUUAGUCAGUUUAUCAUUGUAAAUAUCCUUUACUGAACCUCAAUUCACUGGAUCUUUAAACGCGCCAGUCCGUGCAAGAUAGUUUGGACACGGCAGUCCAGAGAGGAGGACGCUUUUACCCCUCUCUCAUUCAUGUAGAUAUCUGAUAUGUUUUGUAAUAAGAAAUUAUAAUUACACCGAGUACCAGUAUUGCUUGCAGGGCUUCCUCUGUAUUUCCUGUAUGUUAUGGUCCAGCUUUUCUGAGGUUCCAUCUAUCCAUGGUAUAAGUCUACGUAGAGACGGUGUGGAAAGGCCACCCAGUGCCUUGUAGUGAGUCAGCCCGUUCCGAGUGGAGUGGUGCGUAAAAGGGAAACAACCCUUGGGCCUUAGAGUUCCUCUGGCCAGUAGUGUGGAAGGCGGCAGCACGACGCAAUAGGACAAGCAACAAAAGACUUUGUUGAAUUUGUACAUUUAUUGUUAUUAAAUAUGUAAAUUAUCUUUUAAAAAAGCAUUUGAGUUAUAUUUAAAUUUAGUGAAGUAAAAAGAAAUAGUAAAUCCGCUCGACAAUCU